UUCGGCACUUGUUUUUCCGGCGAGCGUGCUCUGGGGCGUGUGGAGGAAGGGGAAGGGGAAAGAGUAUGGCGGGGAAGGGGAAGGCGGAGGAGGUGUACGUGGCGUCGAUCGACCAGGGCACCACCAGCACCAGGUUCAUCAUCUACGACUGCCACGCCAGCCCCGUCGCCUCCCACCACCUCGAGUUCAAGCAGCACUACCCGGAGGCCGGGGUGAUUAGGUUGGGGGGCUGGUGUCGGACGGAUGGACCAACGACACCCACAACAUGUACAUCAGCUCCAUGGAGGCGUCCUUCAUGCAGCAGCUUCGUGGCCAGCAGCACCACCACCACCACGCUACUCCCGACAGGAGCAUGA